CGCCGCCCCCGCGCCCGCCCCGCAGCCCCCGAGCGCCCCGAGCCCCGCCGCGUCCGACAUGAGGGAGAAGGGCCGCAGGAAGAAGGGCAGGACCUGGGCAGAGGCCGCCCGGACGGUCCUGGAGAAAUAUCCCAACACACCCAUGAGCCAUAAAGAGAUCCUUCAAGUGAUCCAGAAAGAAGGACUUAAGGAAAUCAGCGGGACGUCCCCCCUGGCCUGCCUGAAUGCCAUGCUGCACACCAACUCCCGCGGCGAGGAGGGCAUCUUCUACAAGGUCCCGGGCCGCAUGGGCGUCUACACCCUCAAGAAGGACAUCGCCGAGGGGCUGAAGGAGCUGUCGGAGGGCUCCGAGGAGAGCAGCGAUGCCCACUCGGACUCGCCCAGCUCGGAGCACAGCAGCUCCAGCAGCGACGGCUGCGCCAAGGACGGCCGCAGGAGCCGCUGGAAAAGGAAAGUCCCGCCCCGCCUGGGCCCCGCGGGCUCCCCCCAGGCCGGCGCUGCGUCCCCGUCCCUGCCGGCCAAGGGCCUCUCGUCCUCGCAGCAGCACAGCAAGAAGGCUCUCAAGCAGGCCCUGAAGCAGCAGCAGCAGAAGCAGCAGCAGCAGCAGCAGCAGUGCCGGGCGGGCGUGGGGCCGGGCCUGGCGCUGCCCCCCGGCCAGCACGUCCUGCUCAAGGCCAAGGCCGCGCCCGCCAGGCCGGGCUGGGAAGGGAAGCAGGUGGACGGACGUUCCAGCAGCCCCCCAAACUCCACCCGCAGCUCCUCGCCCUCGGGGAAGCUGCAGGGCUCCCUGCCAGGCCUGGGGAAGAAGGCGUUCCCGAGAUCCGACAGGCUCCACUCACGGCAGCUGAAGCGCGCGCGCUGCGCCGAGAUCGACGUGGAGACGCCGGACUCGAUCCUGGUGAACACCAACCUGCGGGCGCUGAUCAACAAGCACACGUUCUCCCUGCUGCCCCCCGAGGGCCAGCAGCGCCUGCUGCUGCUGCUGCCCGACGUGGACAGGCAGGUGGGCCCUGACGGGCUGCUGAAGCUCAGCAGCUCAGCUCUCAACAACGAGUUCUUCACGUCGGCGGCGCAGGGCUGGAAGGAGCGGCUGGCCGAAGGAGAGUUCACCCCGGAAAUGCAGCUCCGAAUCCGGCAGGAAAUCGAGAAGGAGAAGAAGGUGGAGCUGUGGAAGGAGCACUUCUUCGAGAGCUACUACGGGCAGAGCUCUGGGCUGAGCCCCGAGGAGUCGCAGCGGCUGACGGCAGACCCUGCCCGGCCCCGCAGCCCCGCGGCCCCGCGCCGGGAGCAGGGCACGGCCCCGCCGGGGCCCGGAGCACGCCCAGCCCCGGGGGCAGCAGGGGAGGAGGGCACGGAGGAGCCGCAGCCCAAGGCGGCCAAGCCCGCCGAGGCCUCCCCGGAGCGGCGGGCAGGGAGAGCCGGGGAGCGGCCCGGGCCUGCCCGGGAGAGAGCCCACGGAGAAAACCCGCCUGAAAAACCCCCCGGGGCCAGCCAGGAGCCACAGGAGCAGCGGCAGCCCGGGCCGGGGCACCAGGGGCCGGCCAAGGACGCUCCGGGUGCCCCCAGCAAACCAAAGAGCCCCGAGGCAGCGGCAGCAGCGGCGAAGCCGCAGAGCCCCGCGGCCGCCCCGCACACGCAGGGGAAGCCCCCCGGGAGCGAGGCCAUGGAGGUCGGCGUGGAGGCCCACAAGAGGAAGGUGGAGAGCAGGGAGGAGGCUCCGGGCAGCCCCGAGAAGAAGCCGCGCGUGGCUGAGCCCUGCCAGCAGCAGCAGCAGCAGCAGCAGCAGCAGCAGCAGCAGCAGCAGCAGCAGCAGCAGCAGCAGCAGCAGCACCAGGCCUUUCGCAAGCAGCCCUUUCCCGGCGCGGGGGCGGCGGUGCCGCGGGUGCCCCCGCUCAAGAUUCCCGUGUCCAGAAUCUCCCCGAUGCCAUUUCCUGCGGGCCAGGUCUCUCCCAGGGCGCGCUUCCCCCUGUCCCUCGGCAGUCCGGGCAGGACAGGGGCCAGGACCUUGGCCGACAUCAAGGCCAGGGCCCAGCAGGCCAAGGCGCAGAGGGCAGCGGCCGCCGCCGCCGCCGCCUCGGCCGGGGGAGCCGUGCCGGGGCCCGGCCCGGGCGGGGGGAGACCCCCGGGCAGGGGGGGAGACGGGAGAGACCCCGGCGGAGCCGCCCAAGCCACAACUGGAGCCAAGGCACUGGAACUGGCAGGAGCUGGAAGCGGGGGAGGUUCGAGAAGGUUUCUUCCCCACUGCCCAGGGCCCCGUCCCCAGGGGGAGAGGCAGGCGGAGCCGGGAGCUGCUCGCCAUCCUCCUGGAGCACAACUACAGCCAGGGCCCCCCGCGGCAGCCCCGGCGCUAGGGAGCGGCGCGGGGCCCACGCCCAGCCCCCCGCGGGGCACGGCCACCCCGGGGUGCCCGGGGGCUCCUCCUGCCCCGGCCCGGGGGGCUCCAGCGGCUGGGAACGGGUCCGGCUGUGGCAGCGGGACCCCGGGAGCACCCCCGGCCUCGGCAGGGACCGGCUGUGACCUCUCCAAAAGCAAAUCUCCUUCCCCUCUGCUGUCCUCCCUGCCGCCCACGGGCGCCGGAGCCCAGGCCGGGGCCGCGGGUGCGCCCGUGCCACCCUCCAGCAGCUCCUCAGUAGCAGCCAGCCUUAAAUCCCCUCCCGGCGGGGCCGUGCCCAGAGCCAGCUCCAGCAUUCCUGCCAACAACCCUCUGGUCACCCAGCUGCUCCAAGGCAAGAGCGUGCCCCUGGAGCAGAUCCUGCCCAAGCCGCUCACCAAGGCAGAGGUGAAACCCGGCCCCGUGGGCCCUCAGGAGGAGAAGGGGCCGACGGCUCCCGGUGCAGCGGGGAGCGGCACCGAGGCGGGGGACAGGGCGUCGGGUUUGCCCCCUCAGCAGCUCGGGAAGAUCUUCUGCCACAACAGGGCCCUGCCUCACGUUCCAAGGACCUUCCCGCUGCCCUCGGGGAAGGAGCCCGGUCCUGAGCAGCAGCAGGGCCACGAGGCGCUGAGCAAAUCCACCCAGGAGCAGAUCCUGCAGACUCUCAUCAGGAGGGUGCAGAGGCAGAACGCGCUGCCCGUCCCGCAGCCCUCGCAGCUGAAGCUCCCGCACUCAGGUUUCCCGGUGGAGAGCAGCUCCACCAGCCAGAGAUUCAUGCUGGGCUUCACGGGCAGGAGGACGUCCAAGCCUGCCAUGUCCGGCCACUACCUGCUCAACAUCUCCACCUACGGCCGCGGCUCGGAGAGCUUGAGGAGAGGCCUCUCCCUGGGCGCCGAGCCCCGCCUGGGGCUGAGCAGCCCCGCCGAGGGCGCCGGGGCAGAGCCCCAGUGCGGGGACACGGGCGGCCGCGGCAGCGGCAGCAGCGAGGAGGAUGCGGACGACGAGAGCUCCGGGGAUGAACACGGCGCCGUCGAGGAGGAGCCCCGGGCGGGGCAGGGGGAGCAGCAGCAGGGCCCUGCAGAGCCCGGCUGCCCGGGUGCCAGGGCGGCCGCGGUGCCGCCGGCGCUGGCCGGCACGGCGCUGGCCCGGGACCUGCUGCAGGCGGCGCAGGAGCAGAUGGCCCACGCCAUGAGGCGCAAGGGCCAGGGCGGCACGGAGCUCUUCGGGCCCCCCAGCCCGGGCCCGGACUCGGCGCAGCCCCCGCUGCUCCCCGCGCCGCAGCCCCCGAAGCUGCCCGGGGGCGCCGGGGCGCAGCUGCUGGGGCCCAGCUACAGCGGCACCAUCAACGUCUCCACCUCUGCCGACGUGGGCCAGGGCCCGCUGGUGAGCGGGCUGGCCGAGUGCGAGCAGCUGGCCAGCUCCAUGGCCAACGUCAUGUCCUUCUCCGUCACCGUCACCACCAUCCCCGCCGGGCAGGCCGGCAGCGCCGGCGGCCACGGGCAGAGCCUGCCAGUGCCGGCGUUCACCGAGGACGGCGCCAUGGAGGAUCCCCCUUCCAAAUGUUACUGCAGGUUGAAAGCCAUGAUCAUGUGCAAGGGCUGCGGUGCCUUCUGCCACGACGACUGCAUCGGCCCCUCCAAGCUCUGCGUCUCCUGCCUCGUGGUGCGGUAACGGCGGCGGCGGCGGCGCGGCCUCGCCGGGGCUGCCCCCGGGAGGAAACGGGAAUUUCACUGCCUUGCACAAGAGCCGCGUUACCGAAUCAGGAAUACAGAGUCAGAGUCCUUCUUUCAUUAACGAAAGAGCACCUUCUUGUACAGGGAGUCGAAGUCGCGCUCGACGACGUGAAUUGUGACAAGAGUUUGCACUUACGGAAUUAUGUAAAUACGCCACAUUAUUUUGUUUAAAGAUAUUUUUUCAAUCUUGUAGGAGAUAGCGUUUGACUUGUACUGCAGUUCCAGUAGCCCCAGCCUGCUCUGAGUGCGUUUUCAGCUCUGCUCUCCCAGGGGGAUCCAGCCCAGAGCCCGUUGUUGGUGUUCCCUUGGCCAGGGGAAUGGGAUGAUCCAAUGCAGCCACGUGUGGUGAUGGAGCACAGAGGCAGGAGCCCUGAGCGGGCUCCCUUGGCUGCUCCCAGCUCACAUCCCUGGAGUUGGGAUCACCACCGGUGCCGUGCCAGCCUUUGCCUCUGCUGCCUGUUCCAGGAGGCUCCUGGGCUGUUCCUGGUUCGCAGAUCCCCCUGUCCCAGUGUCCCAGCUGAAGGGUGGAGCUGCCAGGAGCUGUCCUGACCAUGGCAGGCACCAGAAGAGCUCGGUCACCAUCGGUGACCCACAGGAGCAGGGGUCACACAGCUGGGCUUGGCAGGGCUGGCAGGAAUCUGCUCUCCUGGGCAUUGCCCAGGGGCUGGGAGCUGUCAUCCCACAGCCCAGAGCCAGCUGGGACACGGGGGCAGGGGGAGGACAGGAGGUGUCACCCUGGGUCCUGCCGUGCUCUGGGAAGAGUUUUGUGCUCCUCCAAACGCCCCCAUGGUCAGACAGCUCAGUUUCUGUCCAAGAUUUUGUAUUUCCUGGGUGUAGGGAAAGGCAGAUGAGCGUCUGCCUGGGCUUUGCUGGGUGGCUCUUUGUGUUUGAAACAGCAGAUAAGGCUGAGCUCAGCUCAGCUCGGGCCCAGCUGAGGGAGGGGUGCUGGGGCAGCCCCUCAGACCUGGCUGGGGACAUGGCUGGGGACACGGCUGUGCUCCCUGUCAGUUCUGGACUCCUUCCCUUGGACUGAGGGCAAUGAAAGCACAGUGGCCCCGUGCUCCCGGGAGCUGAGGACACUCCUGGCACCAGCACCGGUCACUCCAGGGCUGUUCCCCUCCCGGGGCGGGUGGGGGCCUUGCUGCAUCGUGGUCA